AGAUACCGUGCGAUCACAAGUGCGUAUUAUCGAGGCGCAGUGGGUGCUUUACUAGUCUAUGAUAUCACUCGGCAUGUCACGUUCGAGAAUGUGGAGAGGUGGCUAAAGGAACUCAGAGACCACACGGAGGCCAACAUCGUGAUCAUGCUCGUCGGGAACAAGGCGGACCUGCGCCAUCUCCGUGCCGUCUCCCUCGAUGAUGCCAAAGCGUUCGCCGAGCAAGAGCACACCUUCUUUAUGGAGACAUCUGCAUUGGAGGCGCUCAAUGUCGAAAAUGCCUUCACGGAAGUGUUGACUCAGAUCUACCGUGUGGUGAGCAGGAAAGCUCUCGAUGUCGGCGACGACCCUGCAGCACUGCCAAAGGGACAGACCAUCAACGUCGGGAACAGGGACGAUGUCUCGGCCGUCAAGAAGGCCGGUUGUUCCUCGUCAUGAGAAAUCAUGGUUGGGUGUGAAAGUGCUUUGCUCUCCAUAGCAUUGUCUUUCCAAUAGAGGGGGAGUGACACUGAAGACGGACUUCAUCGGUCAACAUGUUUACAAAAACUUAGACACUCUUAUAGCAUAUUAAUGUUAGCUAAAUUUAUUGCACUUAAAAACAAAUGAUUUUGGCAGAUACUCUUUCCUUAUUGUU